AUGGCAGUGAGUUUGAUGCCAACGCCGCCAAUCCUCUUUAGCAGCCCCUCCUUCGCAUCUGCCAUCGCAACGGGUGGAUACUACUCUUCUCAUCUCCCUCUCCGAGCAUCUCCAAGCCCCUGCAUUCCCCAUGUCCAAGCAUCACCUGCGGCGGCGAAAGCUACACCAUCCUCUAGUAUUGAACACAAAACAGCAGAUGAGGACUAUGAUGACAUUGCUCCGAAGACGUUGUCCAGCUAUGGGCCCUCUCUGUGGGGUGACUACUUCCUCAACCACGAGCCAAAACCACUGCAGAGGUCGGAGAAAUGGAUGAAUGCAAGAGUUGACAAAUUAAAAGAGGACGUCGACAUGUUGUUUAAGAGUUGCAACUGCACGGUGGAAAGAAUAACCUUAUUGGACACUGUCCAGCGUCUCGGAAUAGAUCAUCACUUUAAGAAACAUGUUGAUACCACGUUAAGUCAAAUUUUUGAGGAUGAAUUCAGUAGCUCUAGCCUCCAUCAGGUUGCCCUUCGGUUUGGCUUGCUUAGGGAGCAUGGUCUUUGGGUGUCUUCAGAUGUUUUCGACAAAUUUAAAAAUGAAGAUGGGAGCUUUAGGGAAGAUAUUACUAGUGACCCGAAGGGGCUUUUAUGUCUAUACAACGCAGCUCAUCUUCUCAUUCAUGGUGAGUCAUCACUGGAAGAAGCUAUCUCUUUUUCAAGGCAUCAUCUUCAAUUGACGAGGGACACUCUCAAGUCCCCUUUAGCCGAGCAAGUCAAACGCGCCCUUCACAUGCCAUUGUCAAGGACGUUUAAGAGGAUGGAAACACUGCAUUAUAUCUCUGAGUAUAAGCACGAGGAAGGACAUAACCAAACUCUGUUGGAGCUAGCGAGGCUGGAUUUUAACCUUCUACAGCAUGUCCACUUGAAGGAACUCAAAUAUCUCACUAAGUGGUGGCGCGAUCUUUACAGAUAUGUCGGGCUAAACUAUGCUCGGGACCGUCUGGUCGAGGGUUACAUUUGGUGCUAUGCGGUAUACCAUGAGAAAGAUUUUGAAUUGUCCAGAAUAUUUCUUACGAAGCAAUUGAUGCUUAUUUCCCUGAUGGAUGACACAUAUGAUUCCCAUGCCACCAUAGAGGAAUGUCGAUUGCUAAAUGCGGCCAGACAAAGAUGGGAUGAGAGUGCCACUUCUCUUCUACCCAACUACCUUCAAAGAUUCUAUAUUGAAUUGUUGAGGAUAUUUAAUGAAGAUAAGUGUGAAGUGGCCAUUCGUGAGACCUACCAUGUUGCCUAUGCCCGGAAAGCGUUUCAAGAUCUAUCAGCUUAUUAUCUUCAAGAGGUUGAAUGGUUACACCAGAAUCACAAGCCAACCUUCAAAGAUCACAUGAGUUUAUCUGCCAUGUCCAUAGGAUCACCAACAUUAUGCAUAGGUUUGAUGGUUGGCAUGGGUGAUCUAGUGACGAGGGAAUCAUUUGAGUGGGCAGCUGGUUACCCUAAUGUCGCCAUAUCAUGCGGGAAGAUAACACGUCUAAUGGAUGACAUUGCUGCAUUUAAACGCGGGAAGGCCAAGGGAGAUAUGGCAACGGAGUGUUACAUGGUUGAGCACAGGGUCACAAGUGCGGUUGCCAUUUCCAAGAUCAUUUCACUGCUAGAAGAUGAAUGGAAAAUUCUAAAUCAAGCUCUCUUUCAACAUCACGCACAGAUCCCAGUGGUGCGGAGGAUUAUUAACUUUGCUAAUAGCAUGCCAUUAUUCUAUGCUGAGAAAGACGCAUAUACCUUCAACAUCCAUCUUAAGGAUACCGUUGAGAGCCUUUUCGUUGAAACCAUUCCCAUGUAG